UUAGCAUUCUGAUUCCCUUCGGCUUCCAUUACCCGCGAAGGCCAAAACCUAACAUCAGAGGGCAGAGGCAACAGAGAUUCUCCGAACGAUUUUGGCUUUUGAUUUCGACUGACGCCUCAUUGUUGUUUCAGUUUAAUGGCUCAAAGUCGGCGAAUCGAAACCCUACCCGAUGCAAGUAAGGAUCUAAUAAGUCAUAUGCCGGUAGAGGUAAAGGACAGAAUUUUGGAGUGUUUGCCCACUCGAGACGCUGCCAGAACUGCUGUGCUCUCAACCCACUGGAAUGAUAUUUGGUUGCAGCAUGGGCGGCUUGCGUUUGAUUGGAGCUUCUUCGGGUGUUUCGGAGAAUUCGGAUAACAUACAUUCUCUUGCAGCGUGUUCGACCCAUGAAGAAAUUUAGUCUAGACAUCAUUGCCCUCGGAUUACUUGAUCCUAAGCUGGAGCAGUCCGAUUUAGAUCAGUGGUUUCUUUUUCUAUCAAGAAAUGGCAUUGAGGAACUUUAUAUCUCUCAUGGGGACAGGCGAUAUAAGCUGCCACUUUGUAUAUUCUCGUGCCCGACAAUCAAGCAGCUGAGACUCUGCAGUGUGUAUUUUGAUUUCCCACUAAAUGCUCCUUGUAUUUUUCCCUGUGUCUCACUUCAUUAGCUUUCAGGGGUGUUGUUUUUAAUCAUAAUGUUAAUGGAAUUGUGUAUAGUAUUCCUAAUCUUGAGAAUCUUGAGUUAAGUUAGUUGUAGAGGAGGGAUCAAUAAUUUUAAGAUUAGUGCUCCAAAACUUGAAAGCUUGUCCAUUGGUGGUCAUAUAUGUGCGGUUAAAUCGAGAUGGUUUGCACUUCAUUUGAAAGAAAUUAAGGUUCUAUGCAUGGAGGGCUACUUGUUGUUGAAUUGGGAAGAUGUUGAAGUAGCCUCCUUCCCAACUGCAAUAAAUCUGCAAGUAAUCAAACUGUAUUCUUUAAAGUUUGCCAAUGAAAAGCAGCUCAAGGGUGUUUUGCAGUUGCUUCAAAAAUCUCCCAACCUAUGUGAACUGGACAUUACAGGAACAUGUUCAGAUGAUGACAUCGAAGAUGAACACAGAGAAGAUAAUGACAUAGAAGAUGAACACUUAGAAGCUGCUUCAAGACUUUUGAAGGGUCCAGAGAGUUGCAUUAUUAAUCAGAAUCUAAAAAUGCUUAAAAUAAUCAAGAUUGAACUGUUUUGUGGAUUCACUAUUGAAAUGCUUUUUGUGAAAAUGUUGCUCUCAAAAUCUCCUAUACUAGAGAGAGUUGUUAUUACGGAAUCUUAUUAUAUAAAAGAUUCUUACACGGUGAUCAAGUUCCUAAAGGAGUUGGUGUGCUUCCCUCGUGCAUCUCCAAAAGCACAAAUUGUCAUCAAGGGCAAAGACUAUGCUUAAGGACUAGUUGGUUUAAUCAUGCUUCAGUUUGUAUGAAACUUAGAAAUGUAAGCAACGGUGAUGGUUGAACUUGAAAUGUUUUGUUAGAUAAGGAUGACACCUUGGAUUUUUUACUAUGGUGUUCAGUAGACUCUAUGAAUAUCUUUUU